AUGCACACAUCCACCACCCUCGCCCUCCUCGCCGCCGCGGCCACAGCAAACGCCGCCUCCGGCACCGGCACGACGACGCGGUACUGGGACUGCUGCAAGCCGUCGUGCGCCUGGACUGGCAAGGCGUCCGUCACGGCCCCCGUCACGACCUGCGACGCCAACGACUCGCCCCUGACCGACCCCGACGCGAAGUCGGGCUGCGACGGCGGCACCGCCUACACGUGCUCCAACUAUUCGCCUUGGGCCGUCAGCGACACGCUGGCGUACGGCUUCGCGGCCACUUCCAUCUCGGGCGGGACCGAGAGCAGCUGGUGUUGCGCUUGCUACCAACUAGAGUUCACCUCGGGCGCCGUAGCCGGCAAGACCAUGAUAGUGCAGUCGACCAACACGGGCGGCGACCUCGGGUCCAACCAAUUCGACAUCCUGAUGCCGGGCGGCGGCGUCGGGCUCUUUGACGGGUGCAAGUCCGAGUUCGGCACCUCGCUGCCGGGCGAGCAGUACGGCGGCGUCUCGUCCCGGUCCGACUGCACCUCGUCGUCCAUGCCCGCGGAGCUGCAGGCCGGCUGCGAGUGGCGCUUCGACUGGUUCGAGGGCGCCGAUAACCCCGGCGUCACCUUCUCGCAGGUCGAGUGCCCGGCUGCUAUUACGGCGAUUUCGGGGUGCACGAGGAGUGACGACGGGAGUUUCCCGGCUGCUUCUUCGUAG